AUGGCACCCACGUUAGACAAUUUACAAUGCCAUGUGGAGGUGGAGGUGCUAUUUAUUAUAUGCAUAUUGGCAACUACUGCCCCCAGCUUCAGUGCAGAAGAAGCCAGUCAUAAUAUCCGAGUGCUUCUCAAGAUAGUCAAGUGUGGCGUCUUGGCUCAACAAAGCGUACCGCCAAAGCUGCUAAAGGUUACCAAGUACCAGUUUUAUGGUGGAUACAUCUUAGACUUCGUAGAUCCCAGGGCUCGACAGACAGCAAUCGAAGAAGAUGUGUGGCUCUUUUUUGCCAUUCAUAUGACGUCCGAGCCCGACAAAUCCCACGGCCGAGUCGCACUGCAUAUGGGGCGAAAGCCGUGCACACUGGUAGCAUACCCCGGUUGA